UUUGCUACUUUCUAUGGAACCUGGUUCUCUUAUUUUACUCAGAUCUUUCCAAUAUAAAAAAUGUUUUAUCUUAAAACACUUGUUUUAAUUUUGAAUAUUUUUAUAGUUUUGCUAUUUAGGCAUAACACUUUAUGUGGAAUUCCUAAUGAGUUGGGAAAUAAUUCUAUAUCCCAAUGACAUUAAUUGAAUAGAUUUUUCCCCAUUAGAUUGAAAUUGUAAAUUCCGAAUGCAUUUCCAUUAGUUGCUUGGAUUUCUGUUAAGUUGUACUGAUUUGUUCACUAACAGUAGUUACCACUGAUUUUGUAUUUCCAUGCUAGGCACUGUGUUAGGCAGUAUGUAGAGUGUAUUUAAUUCUGACAAGAAAAGUAUGAAUAAUUCAGUAUUACAGAUCAUGCCAAAUUCCUAAGAUGUAAAACACUUGCCUUUAAAAAAAAUCAGUAACAAAAGGUCAGAAGAAGUUCAGGAUUUGAGUGGAGGAGGGCUUCCUGGGUGGUAAUAUAUAGGCUGGAAACUGGAAGACUUUCAGGGUAGAGCAAUUUGUUUUAGGUGAAGAAGUGUUUGUCAAAAGAGAAGAAAACUGGAAAAUUCAGGUUGAGUGGAGAGCAGGUGACACUGUAAAUUAACUUUGACAGUGUGUCUAAAGCUGGAAAAAAAGAAUAAUGCAGGAUUGUGGAGGGUUUUCUAUGUUUGAAAAGUUUUGGCUUUAAUUUAUAAGUUGAUAGGGUUAUUAAAAAAACAUAGGGACUGGGGCGAUGGCUAGUGGGCACGAGUGACUGAAAGCAGGAGGAUCUGGGUUCAAAUCUCCAGUACCCACACAAAAAGCUGGGCAUGGUUGUAAGUACCUGUAAUUCCAGUGUUUGGAGAUAGAACAGGAGGAUCCUGCAAGUUUGGUGGCCAGCCAACCUAGAUAAGACCUCAAGCUUCAGGUUCAGUGAGACAUCUAGUGGUGAGUGAUAAAGAUAUCUGAUGUCUUCUUCCCCUAGCCAUUACACGAAUGUGUACACUCUUACACACACACACACACACACACACACACACACACACACACACACACACACACAUCAAAACAAAACAGACCACCACAAACGUUGUUUAGAGCCUGUCACAAAGGCUGUUAUCAGAGCUGCUGAGUAUAAAGGGGUGAGGAUGGGAAGCAGGAGAUGGGGAGUCUUGCCUGGCAUGGGGAUACAGUUGUAAUGAUCAGGGGAGUGAUCAAAGCCUGGGAAAGAGUUAAUGUGAAAGUGAGAACAAGUGUGGUCAAGAACACUUGUUUGUAUUUGCAGUGCUAAUGUGGCAAGUGGAGGGGUAACACUAUUCACUUUGAGUCACUAUGAUGUUUGUUCACCCUCUACCAGAACUUAUGACUGCCUCUUCCUCCUGCCUCUCCUUUUUUGUUUAGUCUUCACAGGGAGACUUCAAAAGCAAGCAUGCUUGGAGCUAACCUCACCAUCAUCCAUCCAACUGUGUUCAUCCUACUUGGAAUCCCAGGACUGGAGCAAUAUCACAUCUGGCUUUCUAUCCCUUUUUGUCUCAUGUACAUCACUGCAGUCUUGGGAAAUGGAGCCCUGAUCCUUGUUGUUCUGAGUGAACACACCCUCCAUGAGCCCAUGUAUGUCUUUCUAUCCAUGCUAGCUGGCACUGACAUUCUCCUGUCAACCACCACUGUGCCCAAGGCCUUGGCUAUCUUCUGGUUCCAUGCUGGGGAGAUCCUCUUUGAUGCCUGCAUUACUCAGAUGUUUUUCAUUCAUGUUGCGUUUGUGGCUGAGUCAGGAAUCCUGCUGGCCAUGGCAUUUGACCGCUAUGUGGCUAUUUGUACUCCUCUGAGAUACUCAGCCAUCUUAACUCCCAUGGCAAUUGGAAAAAUGACCUUGGCCAUCUGGGGACGGAGCAUUGGGACCAUUUUCCCUAUCAUAUUCCUGCUGAAGAGGCUGUCAUACUGCAGGACCAAUAUCAUCCCACACUCAUACUGUGAGCAUAUUGGUGUAGCCAGGUUGGCCUGUGCUGACAUCACUGUCAAUAUCUGGUAUGGCUUCUCAGUGCCAAUGGCUUCAGUUUUGGUAGAUGUUGCACUCAUUGGUAUUUCUUAUACUUUGAUCCUCCAGGCUGUGUUUAGACUUCCUUCCCAGGAUGCCCGGCACAAAGCUCUCAACACCUGUGGCUCUCACAUUGGAGUAAUUCUCCUCUUCUUCAUACCAUCAUUUUUCACUUUCCUUACCCACCGCUUUGGCAAGAACAUCCCCCACCAUGUACACAUUCUUCUGGCAAAUCUCUAUGUGUUAGUUCCUCCCAUGCUUAACCCUAUCAUCUAUGGUGCGAAGACCAAGCAAAUUAGGGACAGCAUGACUCACAUGUUGUCUGUUGUGUGGAAGUCUUGAGAGCGAUCACAGUUCUCAAUGCUCUCUUACCAAUAUGAGAAAGAACUUGCUGGUGAGUUCCCACAUUCAGGCACUGUAUUAUCUGCAGCAGAAAGCAAAUGGGUUCUAGAAUAAAGUAUAUGUGGGUUCAAAUCCUGGUUCUAUUUUGGUCUGAUUGUGAGCCAUGGGAAGUUCAUACUUUAGAAAUUUAAUCUCAACCCAUAAAAUAAAAACCUCAUCUACUUAUGUUAUAAGCUUAUUGUGAGGAUUGAAUUGAGUAUAUGAACCACUUGAUAUGAUGCCUGGCAUUAUAUGGAUUCUCAGUAACUUUACUUUUAAUUUGAAGUAUGUUGACUGAAAAAUAUAUUUUCAAUUUUAUUUUUGUGAGAUUUCCAGUGUGUCCAGAGGCCUCUCUUCCCUCCCGUGCUUGCCCAUUCAGACUGCAUCAUGAGCAUUGUAUUCUCCGGCAUCGUGGCUGUCAGUGCUACACAGCUGCAGUAAAUAUAGAAUUAGGUGAAAAUAUCAAAGAGUGCCUUGAAAAACACCAAAGUGUUUAAAUAUGUUAAGGUUGGAGUUGAUUGUAUUUACAUGUAAGGGAAUUUGAUUAUUAUUAUAUGCAAAAAUUCUGCUUUUUCAUUUAGCAAGUGGGUCAUGUGAUGCAGCUUAGGCACAAUCCAUAGAGUACUAAGUAUUUGGGCUGAAUGCAUGAACAAAGAAUAAAUGUGAUCAGAUCAUAUUGGUAAUAUAAAAUCGACAUGGAAUCUAGAAAUUCUAACUCUUAAGUCCAUUAUAGUUUUUUUCCUUAAUCAAUUGUCUGGCUUUAAAUCUCACAAAUUAUGAAUAUUUCCAAAUUAAUAAUCUAUCUUAGACUUUUCUUUAGAGAGCCACAUUCAUAUAUUCAGCUCUUUCUUUUUCAUAACUAAAUUCCAUUUUUGACAAUUUCAUGUAUUACAUAUAAUGCAUUUUGAUUGCUUUCAGCCUCACUUUUUUUUGUUGUUGUUUUUUGAGACAGGGUUUCUCUGUGUAGUUUUGGUGCCUGUCCUGGAUCUUGCUCUGCAGACCAGGCUGGCCUCGAACUCACAGAGAUCUGCCUGCCUCUUCCUCCUGAGUGCUGGGAUUAAAGGCAUCUUUUUUUUGUGAAAUUAAAAAUUUAAAAAAUAUGUGUAUGGGUGUUUUUGCCUGCAUUUGUGUCUGUGCACCAUGUACAUGCCUGAUGCCUACAGAGGCCAAAAGGGUGUCAGGUCCCCUAGAACUGUAGUUACAGAUUGUAUGGGCUGGGAACUGAACCUGCGUCCUCUUUAAGAACAGCCAGUGUUCUUAACUGCUGAGCCAUCUCUCCAGCACCUCAGCCCUUACUAUCUCUUGCCAUCUCCCACAUUCCAGUCCUUUGCUCACAUCCAGGCCUUUUUUGGUUGUUGUUUUGUGACCCUCUGAAUUUAACCAGGGCUACCCAUGUUCGUGGGUUUGGAACUACCAUGGAGCCUGGUGGGCUCAGCAGUGUAGAUAGAUAGCUGAGAUUCUGGAGAGCGAGCUGACUUGUCUUCAGCUACAUUGAACGAUUUCUUGCCAUCUCCCUUUCUGCAUCUCACAGGCAUCUCAAAAUAAAUAUGUCUACAUUUGAAAGAAUAGCUUAGGCUACCCUACAUAACAAAUCAUAGAAUUUCUGGGGAAUUAGCAAAAGAAAUAUUGCUAUUUCAUUUAAAAUGUUGCUUGUGGCAGGAGCUCUUCUUCACAUAGUGGAUGUUGUGGUUAAAAUGUGAAAAUCACCUAUAUCCUCAUGUACCUUUGAACACUCAUUCUUCUUUCCUGGUGCUAAAAUGUUGGUCUAAGAGUUAUAGGGCUCUUAUUUAUUUAUUUACUUACUUACUUACUUAUUUUGGAGUCAGUGUCUUGUCAUGUAACUGUAUUGGUCUUGAACUCACUCUGCAGACCAGGCUGGCCUUAAAUUUGCUGGGAUCACAGCUACUAUGCCUGGCCUUAAGUUAAUUUUUAAUAGUUCAAAUGUUUUCUUAGUUGAGCUGUUAGAUUUUUUUUGGCAAGAUACAUUUAUUAGAGCCCUAGGAGACCUCUCAUAGUUUGAUUUCACUGCAUGCCAACCCGCACAUCCCAAAGUCCUCUAGAGGUAUAAUUCUUAACUUCUCUGUAUUUCCCCCUUGCUAGCCUCGUGUUCAUCUCUCCAACUUACUGGUGGGUAAUCUGGAGUUAUAGUGCUUUAUUGGGAAAGGUCUAUCUUUACUCUGACCAUUACCGUUCAUUGCUUUAUGUGAAGUGUUUAUUGGGUACCACACCCAUACCACAGACUUCUUCCUUAAACAUUUUAUUUAACUGACAAGUUUGGUUGGGAUAUUUUUGCUUAAAGCUUUGAAAAAAAUCAUUUCUUAUUGUUUGAUGUUUACCUAGAAGCAGUGCAUUUUUCCAUCUCCACAGGGUUCAGUUUAUUUUUAAUCCAAUGUGCCUCUCCCACUGACAUAUAUGUAUCCCAAUCUGUGGAAUGUGGGAAUUGGAUUAUAUGGAGAAGGAAAAUUAAGGUUACAUAUUCAAUUAAGGUUGCCAAACAGCAGACCUUAGAAUAAGAAUAUUACCCUGGGUUUUGUGAGUGAAAUCUAAGUUAGUCACAAGGGCCCCACAAAUGACAAAAAGCCGCAGAGCUAUUGAGACUAGUGUUGUGAAUGGGAGAGACACAACUGGAUUUUGCUAGUGUUGGAGAUGAAUCGGUACAACAAGCCAAGAAAUGUGAGCAGAGGAGACAGAUUCUCCCAUGGCUUAUGGAGUUAACUCCAUAAAGGCACACAGCCCUGCCCAUGCCUUUGUUUAGCUUUGGGAAACACAUUUCAGACUUCUGACCUGUAGAACUGGAAGAGAAUAAAGACAUAUUGUUUCAAGCCACUAAGUCUGUGGGAAUUAGUUGUGUUGCCUGUAGACUCCAAUACACUCACCAUUUACAUUUUGUUUCCUGCUUGGAAAGUGACCAAUUAUUUCCACAUAUUUUCUGCCCAGUUCACAUUUAGCUACCUCAGACAUGUAGCCAACACACAUGACCAACCUUUUCUUUCCCAGUAUCUCUUCUGGUAGUGCUGUGCGUUUGAGAGGCAGGUGGUCUGAUCUCACAGAACACACUAACUCUUACUGUCAUCACUGAACUCUCCAGUUUCUCUCAUAACUCAGCUACUAUUCACAUUUCACACCCUUUGUGUGGUUAUUCGCUCACUUACUUCCAGCCAUGUAGAGGGUGAGAGAUCACCAAGAACACACAUCCUGCUAACCACCAGCCACACAGGACAAAAGUUCCUGGGAAGCUAUUGGAGACUUUGUAAUCUGGCCUCUAGAUGGGGCCACAAGACUGACUCAUCAGUAUGGGCAGAAAUAAUGUGUGUCUUACACAUUUAGGUCAUUAGGUAUCCUGCAGAGUCCCCAUGACCUCUGGAGGACACAUGGAAGUCAGCAGCAUUUAAAGUGAAAUGGUUUUAGAAGUCUGGGUAAACACAUGGAGGAGCACCACCCGCAGUCACUCAUCCAGAAAGGACACAGCGUUUUACAUUUUUUGGUUUGCGGACAGCCCAGUGUUUUGUUGCACUAAGCAACUGAGCAUUUGAAGUUGUUCUCUUACUAAUACAGUCACUGAAUUAUUCUGAUUCUUAGAACUGCUGUGUGCCAAGAAGUAUAUUUAACUACCAGGAAUUUCAAAGGACAGUGCAGUUGUGUUUGGGGCACCUUAACACUGCCCACAGCCAUAACUGUUCUUUGUGUGCUUCGUCAGGUGGACUACUGGGUUAGUUAGAACAGUUCCAGUGUUCAUCUUUUACCCCUAGCUCUUGUGUUUUAGUCUCAAAUUGCAGGUCAUGGAUGAAGUGCUUAUCUCAUUGGGAAAGAAUGAAGCUUCCUAUAGAUACCUGAACAUGGCUUUCAAAUUCACCCAUCCUGAUUUAAGUGCUGAUUACUUGUGGCUGUACUGAA